GUAUAGCUUCAAAGCAACGCAGAAGAAAGGAAAAGAGAAGAAAAAACAUCCGUCACCUCUCCGUCACCUUUCACCCGAAACUGUCUCUUGACAGCGUUUUGAUUCAGCAACCAUGGCUAAUGCGGCUUCGGGGAUGGCAGUCCAUGAUGACUGCAAGCUCAGGUUUCUCGAACUCAAGGCCAAAAGGACUCACCGUUUCAUUGUUUACAAGAUCGAGGAGAAGCAGAAGCAAGUGGUUGUUGAGAAAGUUGGCGAACCUGUUCUAUCCUAUGAGGACUUUGCUGCUAGCCUCCCUGCUGAAGAAUGCCGUUACGCCAUUUAUGAUUUCGACUUUGUCACUACUGAGAACUGCCAGAAGAGCAAGAUUUUCUUCAUUGCUUGGUGUCCGGAUGUAGCAAAGGUGAGAAGCAAGAUGAUCUACGCGAGCUCCAAGGACAGGUUCAAGCGUGAGCUUGAUGGGAUUCAAGUGGAGCUUCAGGCUACUGAUCCAACUGAGAUGGAUCUUGAUGUUUUCAAAAGCCGCGUCAACUAAAAAGAAUAAGCUUUUUCUUUGGCUCAUAUUCUAUCUACUAUUCCUGAAUGGUGUUUUCUUUUCUCUAUACAGUUUCUUGCAACUGUGAUGAAAACCUAACUCCCCUUCACUCUAUAUCCACCUGGUCUGUCUUCUGCGUCUUUGUUACCAUACAGUGUUUUAUUUUAUAUUGAAAAUGUCCCCGAGGUUUGUGCUGUGUUUGGAUCCUAUUGUGUAAAGAUGUUUCCUUUAAGCGUUUGUUCUCGUUUUC